GAGCGCAGCAGAGAGGGCUGAGCCCGGGCUUCUGGAGAGCCCCAUGGGGCGGGGGCAGCACGGCGCCGGCCGGCCCUAGGCUGCCCGCCUCGGCCGGCCGCAGCAUGCCGGCAGCGCUGCUUCUGCUGUGGCUGGGCUGCCUGGGCAGCCUCUGCCGCGGGUACUUCGAGGGCCCGCUGUACCCAGAGAUGUCCAAUGGCACCCUGCAUCACUACUUCGUCCCUGAUGGGGACUACGAGGAGAACGACGACCCCGAGCGCUGCCAGCUGCUCUUCAGGGUGAGCGAGCACCGGCGGUGCGGGGCGGCGGCGGCGGGCGGCGGCGGCGGGCUGAGCCUGCGGGAGGAGCUGACGGUGCUGGGCCGGCAGGUGGAGGACGCGGGCCGGGUGCUGGAGGGCAUCGGCAAGAGCAUCUCCUACGACCUGGACGGAGAAGAGAGCUACAGCACCUACCUGCGCCGGGAGUCCGCCCAGAUCAGCGACGCCUACUCCAGCUCGGACCGGUCGCUGAGCGAGCUGGAGGGCAAGUUUCGGCAGGGGCAGGAGCAGGGGGGCCGGGAGGAGGCUCGCCUGGGCGACAGCUUCCUGGGGCUGCUGCUGCACGCCCGCGCCCUGCUCCGGGAGACCCGCCACAUCUCCAGCGGGCUACGGGACAAGCACGACCUCCUGGCCCUCACCGUCCGCAGCCACGGCGCCCGCCUCAGCCGUCUCAAGAACGACUAUCUCCGCGCCUGAGCCGGGACUCGGCCCUGGGGAAGAGGGUCUUCAUCCGGUGCCAGCCUGCGGGAGGUGCCGCAGAGAGCAGCGCCGGGCUGUGUCUGGAGGGAGCACCUCCUGGGGCAAACACACCUUUCAGCCAGGAAAAACUUAUUUAUUGUAUUUGACUUCCUGAUCAAUAGCGCGUUUCUAUAAACCAGGCGGUUAGAAGUACGUUUAAUUUAACAUCCCAUAUUUAAAACGUUACCCUGUGUUAUAUCGUCCAUCCUUGGUGACCAAAAGAAGUAAGCUUUCUCCUCCCGAUUCCCUGUCGUCGGUUUCUGUAUCGCCUGUUCUACUGCGGCUCACCUGCCGCUGAGGUGGACAAAGCGUGGUGCUCGCCAGCCGUGUCCGGACUGACUCGGUGUGGCAGAUGUUUAAAUUGCUUUUGUUGUUACUCCCCUUCAGGGUGAAACCUCUGGCCCUCUGUUAACUUUCCUAACCUUUUGUAACGGUAUGUACUCUAGACAUGUUAAAUAUUGCUCUACUCCAUCACUUAAAGCUGUGAUUUCCCUUUGUGUCUUGAAAGAUGGGAACUAUUCUGGCAGGAUUUGUACUCUUCCAGGCUUGCUUAUCUGUGACUCUAAGCUAUCAUAACCCCAAGAGCCAGCCAAAAAGGCUUAUGUCAGAUCCUGAGAAUGCUGAUGUAGAUUUUUUUUGUAUAGUAAGAAGAUUGAGCCCUAGCGGUAAUUGUAGUUUCAGAGCCCAAAUUUGAGAGCCAGGUUUCUUAGUGCACGUUUCUAAAGCACACAAAAACGUUUUGUCUGUGCCAGCAGUGACAUUUCUUGUUGCUGUCCUCGUGCUUUUGCUAGCUAAGCUAUUAAUAAAAUUAUUUGUGCUCUUAGACAAUAGCAAAAGUGCCUAGUGAGAAAGAGGGAGAGGAUUGUUUGGGCUUUGUUCAGACUAUUUAAUUGUCACUUUGGGGUAAUGUGGCUAUGAGGUUACAGAUACUGCAGGCAGAAUCACUGUUGGGAUGAAAAAAAAUGUUCAUAUGUUGUUUUAAUAAAUAUUUGAAAGCAAUGUUAAUGUGCUUUUCUUCUUGUUCUGCUUGAGACACUCUUCAU